AGAGAAUGGAGGACGGAUAAGCUUGCUUGCUGUGAUGACAUGGGCGUAUGUUUGGCCGUAUUUUUCUGUGGACCGUGCUAUGGUUGCUACCUGGCCACACAGGCUGAAGAGACGUGCUGUUUGGCAUGUUGUUGCCAAGGUUGGAUGGUGCCGUUGAGGUCCUAUAUUCGUGGUAAACUCGGAAUCAGUGGCUCGGUUUGUAAAGAUAUCUGUGCUGUGGCCUGUUGUAAUUUGUGUGUCACGUGCCAAUUGGCAAGGGAGAUUAAAAUGGCUAAGAGC